UCACUCGCCGCCAUGUUGGAUCAAAUAAAAUCUUCACCGGCACGCAAUGCAUCUUGGGAUAUGCUGGGCCGCGAAACCGGAAAAUGGCAGUAAUGCAACAAAAGGGAUGCAAGCUGCCGUUAAACACCACAGAAGAAGAAAAUUGGCAUUACGCACAGCAUCAGCUUGUUUUAGCGUCGCGUGAGUAACUUUCACGGUUGAUUUUUUCACUACUUUGUUGGAAUUUGUUUUGAGAAAGAUGUUGAAACAAGGACCAAAGAAACAUGUCACUCCGGAGGAAGUCCUGAACACGCUGGAGGACGCAGGGAGCCGCGUGUGUCCUCCUGAUUCAUCGUCAGAUGAAGAGGACCUGGUGCAUCACGAGAACACGCAGGACACCAGUGACUCCGAUUACUGUCUCCCAUCAUCGCAAAGUGAUGAGGAUUACGAGCCCCCCCGUGCCAGUGUCUCAAGUACCCCACAGCCAACGCGUCGAAAAGCAGCUCGACAAUCUGCUCCAGGACCUUCACACCCCCAGCCGUGCCCAGCAGCACCUCCUCCCCCCACGACUCGACACACCCAGUCGUUAACACCUCCCCCGACCACUCAGCGGAAGAGAGGACGCUCCUCUCGGGGAGCUUCUGCUCCAGCUACCAGGCGUGGAAAGAGUAGGUUGGCAUCUACAGAGAGCGAGGAGGAGGACAGGUGGCAUGACAAAGAGGAGGAGUGCAUCAAACCUGCCCCUCUCAGGUUCACGCCGGCCAGGACCCCAGGCCCCACAUUCGACACCAGCAGAGCAUGGUCUCCCAUCAGCCUCUUCCAGCUUUUCUUUUCACCAUCUGUUGUCCGAAAUAUCAUUGCGAACACAAAUGCCAACGCUGCCAAAAGAAAGAAAGCUGGGCUGAAGUUCAGCUGGGACGUGCUCACGGUGAAGGACUUUUACGUAUUCCUCUCCAUCAUCGUCUACACUGGCCUUGUGACGGUCCACCAAUGGUCUGACUACUGGAGGAAGAAAUGGCCGUACAGCUUCCAGUUCCCCGGUGACAGCAUGACACGGGACCGCUUUGAGGCCAUUAUGUGGUCCCUUCACCUCAGCGACCCAAAAGAGGACGAGGAGAACGACAAAAAAAGGAACACUACCGAGUAUGACCGGCUGUUCAAGAUCAAGCCGCUCUACACGGACAUGGUGACCGCCUGCAAAGCCCAUUUCCAGCCGCACCAGAAUGUGUCCAUUGAUGAGCGGAUGGUCAAAAGCAAAGCCCGUAUCAGCAUGAAGCAGUACAUGAAGGACAAGCCCACGAAGUGGGGUUACAAACUGUUUGUGCUGGCUGAUUCAUCGAUAGGCUAUACCUGGAAUUUCUUUGUCUACGCAGGUAAAAGUGAGUCCAACACAGGCCACGGGCUGAGUUACUCAGCAGUGAUGGACCUUUUGCCUUUCCCUCUCCUCGGUAGGGGCUACUCGUUGUACACGGACAAUUUCUACACGAGCCCUGCUCUCUUUAUCGAUCUGUCCAAAAAGUACAUGGGCUGUUGUGGGACCAUCAGGAGACAUGUAACUGGCUUCCCUCAGACCCAGACCAACGACCUGCCCAAAAAGGCUGAGAGGGGGGACAUGCGUUGGAUCCGGAGUGGCAAACUCCUCUUCGUCAAGUGGAUGGACUCGAGAGAGGUAGCGAUGUGCUCCACAAUGCAUCAGGCCUACAGUGGACAGACGGUGGGGAGGAAGCUGAAGGAGGCUGGGGAGUGGCAGAAGAAGUCCAUACCAGUUCCGGACAGCAUCGUGGACUACAAUCGUAGCAUGGGGGGGGUGGAUUUGUCCGAUGCACUGAUCGGAUUUUACAGCGUCCGCCACAAGACGAUGAAGUGGUACAAGACGUUUUUUUACCACUUUGUGGACAUCGCUGUUGUGAACAGUUACCUCUUGCACAAGGAGCUGUUCAAGUUGAGGCAGGACUCCACCCAGAGAAAGCCCUUCACCCACAAGACCUUCAGGGAGCAGUUGGCCAAGGAGAUGCUGGAGUUUGCUCAAGGCUCAGCAGUCACCACACCCCCACCCUCGCCCUCCACCACCUGCAUGCCCAUGAUGUACGACAGUGAGGAAACAAGGGUCAGGAGGCUUUGCAAGAGGUGCCACGAAGCUGGAAUGACGAAAGUGAAGACAUCCAUUUAUUGCAGGAGGUGUGAUGUUCCUCUCUGCUUCAACUCCAAAAAGAACUGCUUCCAGCUGUGGCACGAUGGACAAUAACUUCCUGAUGGAUGGACCCCACCCAGACAAACCCCUUCACCCACAAGACCUCCAGGGAUACUAGAGUGCAUUGACGGCUCAGGAUCUACCCCAUCCACCCCCCUCUUCAGGCAGCAGUGGGACAUUGAAUGUGUUGUAACUGUUAUGUUCCUUCCGGGGAGAGGAUCCUCCUCUGUU